AUUAUUCUGCCAUUUUGUAUUCGGCGUCCGGCCAGCAAAAUAAAAACGCAGAAAAACUAGGUUUUGCAAAAUUAAAUUUUUUUUUUUUUUAUUCAAAAUAAUAAAGUAUGUCAGACUAUCGCUCUCAAUCCCGUGGUGGAGGCCGCGGUCAGGACUAUUCAAAUGAUGACGAUCCGCCUAUGUCGCGACUUUUCAUAAUAUGUAACAAAGCGCAUACCGAAGAAGAUUUUCGCGAAGCGUUCUCACCUUACGGCGAAAUCGAGGAUAUUUGGGUGGUUAAGGAUAAGCAUACACAGGAAAACAAGGGUAUUGCAUAUGUGAAAUUUUCAAAAACCUCCGAUGCAGCCAAGGCCCAAGAGCAGAUGAAUGGCAAAACUAUUGGAAAAACGGACAGAACUCUCAAAGUGCUGGUUGCCGCAAAUCGUAAUCAGGGUUCGAAUAAAUCGGAAAACGAACAGGAAAAGUAUGUGCGAUUGUUUAUUGUUAUUCCAAAAACCGCCACCGAGGACGACAUACGGGAUGAAUUUUCUCAGUGGGGUGAGGUGGAAAACGUCACAAUUGUACGGGAAAAGAAUAAUGGUAAUCCCAAAGGUUUCGGAUACGUGCGCUUCACAAAAUUCUACUAUGCAGCUGUGGCAUUUGAGAAUUGCUCAUCGAAAUAUAAGGCCGUCUUUGCCGAACCCAAGGGCUCCACACGUACACAGCGGGAUCAAUAUGGUCGCCUCGCUGAUGAUAGUCCAGUGUAUCCAUCGGGGCGUGGGGGUGGCGGUGGUGGCUCGAAUUACAAUGGUGGUAGUGCCGGCGGCGGUAGUGGUGGUAGCUUUAACAACGAUUGGAAUGCAUCGGUCAACAGCGACAUGUCCGCAUUUCUACGAAUGCAAAAUGUGCCUGUGCCUCAACCCACGUGUUUGGAAGUUACUGUCAGUAAUUGUGUAAAUCAAGAUCAGCUGUGGCGUCUCUUUGAUAUAAUACCUGGGUUAGAUUACUGUCAAAUUAUGCGCGAGCAUGGUCCACGCACGAAUGAAGCUGUAGUCGUAUACGAUAACCCUGAAGCAGCAAUAUAUGCCAAGGAUAAAUUGCAUGGGCUGGAAUAUCCCAUGGGCGAGCGCAUAAUUGUUAAGGUCAACGGCAUGAGUUCUGCUCGCAUGGACACUUCUUUCAUUGACAAGCGGACUAAGAAGGAUGCGAUAUGCAACGUACCAUUACCGCCAACACAGCCACUGGCAUCGCCAGAUGCACAAGUUGCGCAGCGAUUAUUCAUUGUUCUGUCAGCGAAUCUACCCCACUCAAUAUUGAAGAACAUAUUCUCCUGCUGGAAGGGAUUGAUCGAUGUAUAUUUGUUGCCCAACAAGAAUUGUGGAUAUGUUAAAUACUCGGAACGUGAAAGUGCGCAAAAGGCAAUAGGCGUGCUAAAUGGAGCUGAAAUUUGUGGAACGAAAAUCAAGGUCAUGGAAGCGGAGGAGCGAAGCGGUUCAGAUGGUGAUGAUAGCGGCAGAAAGCGGUUGCGUCGCAAUUAACCAUAGUUUGGAAUUCAUCAACGGGUGAUGAGACCCACUGACAACAUUUGUACUUAACAGAGAACAUUAUGUACGAGUAGUUUACAAAACAAAAA